GAGGUUUGAGGUCCUGUUGUCAUUUUGUCAGGUACCUGGCCAAGCUGUCGUCAGUGGGGAGCAUCCGGGACGAGGAGACGUGCGAGAGGUUACGAGGCCUCAUCCAACGACAGGUCCAGAUCUGUAAGCGCAGUGUGGAGGUGAUGGACGCGGUGCGUCGUGGAGCCCAGCUGGCUAUAGACGAGUGUCAGUUCCAGUUUCGCAACCGUCGAUGGAACUGCUCCACCCUGGAGACCAUGCCCGUGUUUGGCAAGGUGGUCACGCAGGGCACCCGCGAGGCCGCCUUUGUGUAUGCCAUCUCAGCAGCCAGUGUGGCGUUUGCGGUCACGAGGGCCUGCAGCAGCGGAGAGCUGGAAAAAUGUGGCUGCGACCACAAUGUACAUGGAGUGAGUCCAGAGGGGUUCCAGUGGUCGGGCUGCAGCGAUAACAUUGCAUACGGCGUGGCUUUCUCCCAGUCCUUCGUCGACGUGAGGGAGAGGAGUAAAGGCCAGUCCUCCAGUCGGGCUCUCAUGAACUUGCACAACAACGAGGCUGGCAGGAAGGCCAUCCUCUCCCACAUGCGCGUGGAGUGCAAAUGCCACGGCGUGUCAGGCUCCUGUGAGGUGAAGACCUGCUGGAAAGCCAUGCCGCCCUUCCGCAAAGUGGGCAACGUCAUCAAGGAGAAGUUCGACGGCGCCACUGAGGUGGAGCAGCGCAAGGUGGGCACCACCAAAGCCCUGGUGCCUCGAAACUCCCAGUUCAAACCUCAUACUGACGAAGAUCUGGUCUACCUGGAACCCAGUCCGGACUUCUGCGACCACGACCCGCGCACGCCGGGCAUGCUGGGCACCAUGGGCCGCCAGUGCAACCGGACGUCAAAGGCGAUCGACGGCUGCGAGCUGAUGUGCUGUGGCCGCGGCUUCCAAACGCAGGAGGUGGAGGUGGUGGACAGGUGCAGCUGCAAGUUCCACUGGUGCUGUUACGUCAAGUGCAGACAGUGUCGCAAAAUGGUGGAGAUGCACACUUGCCGGUGAUGGUGGCAAGGCACAGAGGGCACUGCUGAUGAACAAAGCCAACGUCCCCAAACUCCUGCUCCACCACAAAGGCCAAGAGGGAGCAAGAAAGACUCGCUAACCUCCCUCUUCUCCCGCUUGAAAGCACGCCACCCUCCCGAUACUGGCCAACAGACCGAGGGGCUUGGAAGUCAAACGUCGUCCUAUUCCUUCUAUGACACCUUCAUGGACAUCAGCAGAUCACGCAUGGGACCGCAAAGCUACAGAGGCAGUUUGUUUCCUCUCAAGUAGAGCGUCUUUCACUUUCCGCCCCCCUCCCUCACUCUCGUGCUCGCUAUGUGUCGUUGACGCUUCUUGUUUUUCUAAUAUUUAACUUAUUUUGUUGAGACUGAGGAGAUGGCCGAGGGGCGGACCUACAAGGGGGGACAGGCCAACGGAGAUGACGAGGGACAAACUGGACCCACGGUGUGGGCAGAGGAGUGGGUGGGGGGUUAAAGGGUUGCGUUGGAGUCAAGAGGAGGGUUGUUUGCCCUCUGUCUUUGCUGCUGCCGCUGCUGCUGCUGCUUUUCGGAGGACUCAGCCGGACUGUUGGAUGUCGAGAAAGGGAGACGCGAGUCCGUCGGGAGGGCCGACCGUGAUUAGCUCCCCGAGCGCGCAUGGCUGUGCUGAGCUGAGGUGGUUUGAGGCGGUUGAGUCAUUUUUUUUGCCCCCCCUGAUGCUGCUUCACUCACACACACACACACACACUCACUCACUGUCAGUAGGAGGAUGUUGAUUGACAGGCGAAAGCCACUUUCAGCUCCUUCCUGACUUUUCUGUACAUUACUGGCAGGUGAAGUUCAUGGCAGGUUCGCGAUGUUGUCACACACACACACACACACACACAGCAAACAUUGUUCCAAAUCAACACCUGUAUUCAUCCACAGCUGCUCUACACACAACAUGAAACCAGACACCGUGCAACGAAAAAACGCUAACGUAUCUGCAUUUAAAGAGCGAUUUGUGAGAGUCUCGCUCGUUGAUCUUGGGCCCCCACCUGCACGGCGCCAUCUGCCUAAAACGCUACACAAAGGGGUCUGCCAGAGGGUUGCCGGGCAUGCUCACCAUGCAUGAUGACUGAAGCACUUUCUCUCCAAGCGCACAUAGAGCCCUCGCAGCCCCAGCAAGCGACUAUGUGACCAUACACGCAGUCUUCCCUGUUUAAACACACACACACACACACACACACACACAUAGUUUCCCAUGCCACUGUCAGGACUAUUGUUGUCUUGUGCCACCACCACGAAGCCAAGCUUUCCCUUAAUAACGUGCUAUCAUUAUAGAGACAUACUGUAGAUCUGUAAAGACUUAUACACUGAAGAAGACUGUACUGCCUAUGAAUGUAUGUUAAUACGGAAUAUAUGCUGUGUCAAAAAUGGCUGUUGUCGCGUCUUUCAAAAGAGUCCACGUGUUUUGUGUGUGUGCAUGAGAGGACAGAAGCAUGGAGACGGUGGAUUCAUUCCCCAUUCCACCACCAAGCCCUGAGACACACACACACGCAAAACGCAGCCCUUCUGACGGACGGACACAUAUUUCAAUAAAAUCGUCCAUUUCCCGUGUC